UAGUACGAACACCCAAGACCUCUACUGCCUGGCAACUUAUAACUAAAAUCUAGCAACUAUUGGAAGCCUUGGAAGGGAAGCUCUCCCCCAGGACGACAAUAUUACCCAAAGAAGAAGAUCAUCCACAAGCAUAUGAGGAAUCCAAACGAGGAGGCUGGAUUACCAUCCCCUUCAUUACAGGAAGCAUGAUGGGUCUUUCCAUAGCAGCCGCUGGGUGGGCGUCGAAUCUGAUAGUUUAAAAUAAAAAAAAAAAACAGAAUUUAACGGGAAAUGUUCGGGGUAAUGAAUUACCGGGUAUGAUCAUGUUCACCCUAAUGGAGACAAUACAUAUAUAUACCUUGAGGCCAGCACCAUGUGCAAUUGGCUCAUACACGUGUGAAACCCCAUCAAAUCUUCAAUAUGCAGUCCUCUACAUGACCUUAACGCUUGCUUCACUAGGGCUUGGAGGCACGCGCUUUACAAUUGCGUCCAUGGGAGCCCAGCAAUUAGACAAGAACAAAGACCAAGCAACAUUCGUUGACUGGUAUUAUCUCACCUUGUACGUUGCCAAUAUAAUCAGUUUCACUGCAAUUAUCUAUAUACAGGACAGCGUGAGCUGGGGAUUAGGGUUCGCAUUAUGCGCCCUUGUAAAUGCCAUUGGCUUAGCCUCACUUGUACUGGGAAAGCGAUUGUAUCGCCAAGUUAAGCCAAAAGGAAGCCCUUUCAUGAGCAUAGCUCGUGUCCUGGUUGCAGCCAUUAGGAAAAGGAAGGCAUCGGGAGGUUUUGGAUGCCGGGAUUAUUAUUAUUCGGGAGCCACCCAGAUGUUAAAAAUGGAAGACAGUUCAUCAACUAAAAGGUUCAGAUUCUUAAAUCGUGCAGCAUUGAAAACCGAAAGCGACAAACAAUCGGACGGCUCAUAUGCAAGAUCAUGGAGGCUAUGUCCAAUGGAAGAAGUGGAAGUACUCAAAAGCCUACUCAAAAUUAUUCCAGUUUGGUCUGCUGGCCUUCCUUUAUGUACCUCUGUAGGUACCCUAGUAGCCUCACAAUACUCCAAGCCCUGAACAUGGAUCGACACCUUGGACCCCAUUUCAAAGUCCCAGCUGCAUCAUUCCUCGUCUUCAACUUGUUAGGAACAACCAUCUCAAUCUUUCUCAUUGACCAUUUCCUCCUCCCCACGUGGCAAAUUCUCACCCGCAGAUCUAUGACACCCCUCCAACGUAUCGGAAUUGGCCACGUCAUCAAUAUCCUUGCCUUUGUAGGGUCGGCUCUGAUUGAAACUAGACGGCUCCAUGUGAUCCGAGCCCAUAAACUCGGAGGCCAACCCGGCAUGAUUGUGCCCAUGUCGGCCCUAUGGCUUGCGCUGCCACUCGUCAUUGUAGGCGUUGGGGAGGGAUUUUAUGUCCCAGGAUCAGUAUUGUAUUAUCAAGAAUUUCCCGAAUCUUUGAAAAGUACAUCCACGGCUAUAGUAUCUUUCCUACUUGGAAUUGGGCUUUAUCUAAGCACGGCGACUAUGGAUCUGAUAGAUAGAACCACUGGAUGGUUACCGGAUAAUAUUAAUGAUGGGAGAUUGGAUUAUGUGUAUUGGGUAUUGGUGGCGUUGACGGUGGUGAAUUUUGGCUACUUUCUAAUAUGUGCCAAGUUGUUCAAGUACAAAGGUGAGGAGGACCAUGAUCAUGGGCCUUCUGGGCUGGCCCACUGAUGACAGCCCAGAAGAUGGAGAUAGUGUGUGAUGCUUUGAAAAUGUUUACUUCUUUUUUCGAUUUCCAUGUACUACGAAGAUUUUAUUAAUAAGUGGAAGAUGAAGGGAA